CAUCAAAAAAAAACGUCAAAUUCGACUCCAAGAUGCCACCCAAGAGAGCAAGAGGCCUCAAGGCUGCCGCAUCGUCAAAGAAGCAAAAGACAGAGGAAUCACCAGCGCCGGUUGUUGAUCAAGACAUUCCCAUCGAACAAACGGGCGACGAUGAGCAAACCGUCAUGCUCUCGAAGGAGGUUGCCGAGGAUGACGAACAGGGACAACUUGCGGUGUUGUUCGAAACAGCUAUCGAGAAACUGAGAGGCACCGACCCAGCGACCGCCCUCCCCCUCCUCUACGGCACAAUCCACGAAUGCGAUCGCAUGCUCCGUGCCGCGUACUCUGACGAAUCAAACCCUACCCCCCUCCCCGCCGACUUCCAUCGUAUCUACGCUUCCGCACUCCUCGAGCUCUCGGCGCUUAUUGAUGAACAGGAUGAGGAGAAUGGUGAGGCGGCGUAUGUUGAGGCGGCUAUUGAGAGGGCUGAUAUGGGGUUGGAGGUUGAGGGGAGAGAGGAGGGGGAGGAGAGGGGGUUGAAGUAUGUUAGGGGGAGGGGGUGGUUGAGGAAGGCGCAGAUCCUGUGGAGUAAGGCGGAGGAGGAGCCUGAUGUGAAUGCUUUGACGCAGAUCAUCGAGACUGGGAUGAAGGAUUUGGAUGCGGUGGACCUUACGGCUUUGGAGAAGGAGGAGAAGCAGAUUUUCGUCGCACUCGAUACCGUACGCGAGUUCGUCGAGAUCACGAGUGAAGGACGGGAGAAGUUGGAGUGGGUGGAGAAAAAGUGGACUGAGAUCCUCGAGGCACAGCAAGAGAAUGCGAGUGCGCAUCACGGGUACGGCGCUGUGCAGCUUACCAUCGUUGGCUCAAUCCUGGAGAAAAUCGAGGAUGAACUGGAUCAAGACGACGAAGAUGAAGAUGAAGAUGAUGACGAAGAGGACGAGGAGAACCAAGGCGAAGAUUACAUCAAGGCUCGCAACGUUCUCCAGAAGGCGGUUGACUCAUUUACGAAAGCACUUGAGCUCACCCGCGCAAGGAAGGAAUCCAUCGGGGAACUGCUACAGCUCAUCGCAGAGGCGAAAAUGUCGUAUUCGGAAGUCACUGUGGGCGAGAAACAGGAGAGGCUAUAUCAGGAGGCGAUUGAGAGUUUGAGGGAGGCGAGGGAGGAGGCGGGGGGCGUGUUGCCGGAAAAGUUCCAGGAGAUUUUGGAUGGCGAGGAGGAGGAGGGCGAGGACGAGGAGGAGUAAGUGGUGGU